UAUUAUUAUGCAAAAACCUAUUUAAAGUAAGAUUGUCACUUUAGGAGAUUAUGCUGUUGGCAAAAGUAGUUUAAUCUAAAGAUUCACUAAAAAUGAUUUUACUGAAACAAGAACCUAAACUUUAGGUGCUGAAUUUUCUCCUAAAUAAAUUAUAAGAGAUGGUAGAUUAAUAGAAUUAUAGAUUUGGGACACUGCAGGCUAAGAAGUUUAUAGAAGCAUUGCUAAACUAUAUUAUAUGGGUAUUACUUAAUAGCUAUUUAUAUAAGAUGCAAGUUUUGCUAUCAUAGUUUAUGAUGUAACAAAACCAAAAUCUUUUGAAGUACUUAAGUUUUGGUUAGAAAAAUUAAAUGAAGAAGGAGUGGCUGAUAUAAGUAAUCCUAAUUUUGAUUUUAACUUUAGCCAAAUUCAUUAUUGCAAAUAAAAUUGAUUUAGAAUCUAAAGUCCCUUUAGAAGAUGUCAAAUAAUAUGCUAAUUCAUUUGAUCCUAAAAUUUAAGUUUUUGAAACUAGUUGUAAACAAAAUAUUGGUGUUUUUGUAUCAAUUGUAAAUAUUCUAGGAAUUAUUCAAUCAUAUUGGAGAUUUAGUUAACGAAAAAGAAAAAUUACAAUAAUAAAAAAUUAAAGAACAAAGGCCAGCAAUUAAAAUUGGAGCCUCUGAUAAUAAAAAUGAUGCUGAAAACUCGUGUUGUUGAUAUUAUUAUUUCUUUUAAUUGUUUAAAUACAAUUUGGG